AACACUUCUCAUCACAAACAGCCAUAAAAGAGGGAGAAUGGCGAUAAAACAGCGAGCCUCGUCCUUCUGCCUGUGAACGUGUCCAACAAUUGUCUCCUCUGUGUCGGAAAUCAGCUGUUCAGCGGAAAGAAGCCUCUUACCUGACAAGCAAGUUGACUGCACAACUUUUAGCCACUUAGCCCGUAGUUCAGAGGGAGCUUUAGCUGCGGCUAGCGAGAGAAGCAUAUGCUGACCUACAAGCUAGCUAGCGACGUGUGAAUAAAACCCACCAUGCUGCCUGACAAAGACGGUGUUGAUGUGGGAGGCGGACAGAGGUCUCCUGAGGGAGAGGACCCUUCUGUGAGUCUGUUCAGAGAGUACCUCCGCCUCAAAACUGUGCACCCAGAGCCCGACUAUGGUGCUGCUCUUAAGUUCCUUGACAGGAUUGCAGAGGAACUUGGACUACCCAUAAAAAAGAUUGAGGUUUUUCCAGGCAGAGUCGUGUCCAUCAUGACAUGGGAAGGGACAGACCCCAGCCUGAAAUCUAUCUUACUGAAUUCCCACACAGAUGUCGUGCCUGUUUUCCAGGAACAUUGGAAAUACGAUGCUUUCAGUGCUUUCAAAGAUGCAGAGGGCAACAUUUAUGCCCGGGGAUCACAGGACAUGAAAUGUGUAACUAUACAGUACAUCCAAGCAGUCAGAAGACUGAAAGCGGAGGGACGGAAGCUGCUGCGCACUGUGCACUUAAUGUUUGUUCCUGAUGAAGAAGUUGGGGGUCACAAGGGAAUGGAAACAUUUGUGAAUCAUCCUGAGUUCCAAAAAUUAAACAUUGGCUUUGCACUGGAUGAAGGUCUGGCCAACCCUGGUGAGGCCUUCACUGUUUUCUACGGUGAAAGAAACCCCUGGUGGAUCACAGUCCGCUGCCCGGGUAGUCCAGGUCAUGGCUCCAGAUUUGUGGAGAACACAGCUGCUGAGAAGUUGCGCCAUGUCAUCAACUCCUUCCUGGACUUCAGAGAGAAGGAAAAGCAUAGGCUAAAUACCAGUGAGUGCUUCACACUCGGAGAUGUCACCACAGUGAAUAUGACCAUGGUCAAAGGAGGCGUGGCCUACAACGUCAUCCCUGCUGAAAUGGAUGUCAGCUUUGACCUGAGAAUACCACCUACAGUAAAUCUAAAGGAGUUUGAAGGACAGAUCAAAGAGUGGUGCAGAGAAGCUGGAGAAGAUGUCACGUACAAAUUUGCUCAGAAACACAUGAACCAGGCCGUGACCUCGACAGAGGAAAACGAUCCAUGGUGGAGCGCCUUCAGCACCACCUGCAAGUCAAUGAAUUUGACUCUGGAAAAGGAGAUAUUUCCAGCUGCAACUGACAGUCGUUUUAUCCGAGCUGUUGGUAUCCCAGCUAUCGGCUUCUCUCCGAUGAACCGGACGCCAAUCCUGCUGCACGAUCACAACGAGUUUCUGAAUGAGCAAGUCUUCCUGAAAGGCAUCAGCGUGUUCGAGAGGCUCAUCGCAGCUCUUGCCAGCGUUCCUGCCUGUCCCAAUGAGGCUUAGACAAGUCCUCGUUUUUAAUCCCUGUACAACAUAUUGUUCUGAUAAUGUGAUUAUUUAACUUGAAAUAUUUGCAGAGAUUACCAAAGAAUAAUGUAAUGUAUAUCUUAAGCCAACACUGAGCACUUAGCCUUUGAUAGUUCAGAUUUUUUUUCAUGAUUCUCAGGAUACCGUUUGAUUUCAAUACUCAGUAAACAGUUUGUUUUUAACAUUACACUUGCAGUAUGUCAGUAAUGUUGGGGCAUGUAUGCAGUCUUACAAAAAUAUCAUCUAUUGUGAGCACAGUAUUUUUUAUUAUUACUGAAAAAUCAAACACUAAAAUGUAAAGAUGACUUUGAUUGAUAACUAGUCAAUCAACUUUAACUUGAUUUUUUUAGAUUAACCUUGAUUUUUAGCGACAAUUUCACAUAUGAAGUUCUAUUUAAUAAACUUGAAUUGAAUAAAAGUA